UGUGUCAGCGGUUGACAGAUGAAGCCACAAAAACCCGGCAGCGGCGAGAAGACCAUUGAGAAAAGAAUUCACCUCAGCUCACCCAAUAGAAGAUUCCUCUCAAUACCAUUUAUCAAACAUGCUCAGCAUCAUCAUGGCCCACAAGACGGAAGUAAAAAAAAAUGAAGAGGAAUAAUGAAGAGAGCGGGAUGAGGAGGACGAUUGUCUAGUGGAGUAAAGACAACAGGACGACUCGAGGACCAAGUGAAACUGAACAAUGAUUGUGGUUUUUCUGCUCUGUGUCGUUGCAGGUACGCCAACAUCGGGCCAAGUUCUGGACGUGUGCGCCACCUGCCAUCCUGAGGCCAAAUGUGACAACAAGCCAGAUGGCUCUGGCAAAGUUUGUAACUGCAAGUAUGGCUUUGUAGGAAAUGGAAUAACAUUCUGUCAAGACAAAGAUGAAUGCCAGAUAGGAGCCAUGAAGAUCUGUGGGCCGCACACAAAAUGCCACAACACAUAUGGCAGCUACGACUGUACCUGCCUUUCCGGCUACAACCCUUCAAACAACAUGACCAUCUUCAUCCCAAAUGAUGGAACCAACUGCCAGGACAUUGAUGAGUGCAGGAUAACAGGGCUGUGUGGAGAUGGAGGUUGGUGCAGGAACCUGGAGGGCAGUUUUGAAUGCAGCUGUCAGGUGGGAUACCAAGUCCAAGAUGGAACAGAACCUUUUCAUCCUUACACAGGCAAGGCCUCCUGCAAAGUGGUUGACUGUGGCCAGCCUGCAUCGGUGGAGGACACAGUGCUGCUGUCAGCCACAGGGACCACAUAUGGCAGCGUAGCCACGUGGGUCUGUGAUGAAGGCUUCAUCUGGGGGAGUGGACACAACACCUCUGUGUGUGGAGCUGAUGGACUGUGGAGUGGACCAACUAUGGUCUGUGAAGACAUUGAUGAGUGCAGGAUAACAGGGCUGUGUGGAGAUGGAGGUUGGUGCAGGAACCUGGAGGGCAGUUUUGAAUGCAGCUGUCAGGUGGGAUACCAAGUCCAAGAUGGAACAGAACCUUUUCAUCCUUACAGAGGCAAGGCCUCCUGCAAAGUGGUUGACUGUGGCCAGCCUGCCUCGGUGGAGGACACAGUGCUGCUGUCGGCCACAGGGACCACAUAUGGCAGCAUUGCCACGUGGGUCUGUGAUGAAGGCUUCAUCUGGGGGAGUGGACACAACACCUCUGUGUGUGGAGCUGAUGGACUGUGGAGUGGACCAACUAUGGUCUGUGAAGAGGUGGACUGUGGCUCCCCCCCUGCUCGCCCUCACUCUCAUAUGCUGUGGAAUAUGAGCUCCAGGGUGGGCUCUGAGGUGGUUUAUCAGUGUUACUCUGGCUAUCAUAAUGUUGGAAAGGGAAAUGUCUCCAGUUGUACCGCUGCUGGACAGUGGGAAGAGCCGCCGGUGCUCUGCCAAGAGACUUUGUGUGGAAGUCCUCCUGUAAGUGAAUUCACUGAGAACAUGUGGAACGGUAGCACAGCUCCUGGCAGCACUGUGCUCUAUUUCUGUAAAUCAGGUUUUCUUAACAGAGGAGGACAUAAUAUAUCAGUCUGUAAGGAAAACGGUCAGUGGACACCCCUGACUCUGGUAUGCCAAGAGAUAUUAUGUGGGGAUCCUCCUACAGUGCCCCACACAGGGCAGGUGAGGAAUGGCAGUUCCACCCCUGGAAGCACUGUGACUUACUACUGUAAAAUAGGAUUUUAUCACAGUGAAGGAAAUAAUGUUUCAUUGUGCACAAUUAAUGGUUCCUGGACAAAACCAAACAUCUCAUGUAAAGAAGUUCGAUGUGGCCCACCCCCCUCCAUCCCUCACUCAACCAUACAGUGGGAUAAAAUUCCCACUGUGGGCUCUCAAGUUGUGUAUCAGUGUAAAGCUGGAUAUCGCAGUGUUGGAGAUGGAAAUAUAUCAGUUUGUACUACCAGAGGAGAAUGGGAUGAGGCAUCUCUGCUGUGUCACGAAAUCGAUUGUCAAGAGCCUGUUCAUAAACCUCACUCUAAAACACUGUGGGAUGGCAAAACGCACAUUGGCAGUGUGGUGUCUUACCAAUGUGAUGAAGGAUAUCACAGCAAGAGCCUGAAUAACCACUCAGUAUGUGGAGAGAGUGGACUUUGGGAGGAUAUAGAUCUGUGGUGUGAAGAAAUAAGCUGCGGCCCCCCACUAAUCCACCCCCAUACUAACCUCCUGUGGGACCACACCAGCAGACCCGGCAGCGUGCUGUUGUAUGAGUGUAUGGAUGGAUUUUACCUGGAGAGUGGAACAAAUAUUUCAGUAUGUUCAUUAUCAGGAGAGUGGGGGGAAAUAUCUAUAAAUUGCCAAGCUAAAUGUGGCCCAGUUCCCUUCCUUGCCAACUCAGAGGUGGUGUGGCAUAACAGAAGUGUAGUGAUGCACCGCUGUGUGGACGGAUAUCACAGCUGGAGGGGCAGCAGCAGCUCUGUGUGUGGCAGCUCCGGGACGUGGCAGCCUGCUACUCUGAGAUGUAUAGAAAUAAAGCCAGCUAUCAGUCAUGUUCAUUUCCUCAAUGAAAAAUGUGUGCAAUGGAAAGCAGAGAAAUAUGAAGAGGACUCAGAAGACUACAGGGUGACAUACACAGGUACCAGAGACUACCAGAGGUCUUUUCGUGAUGAAAUUAAGCAGUAUCUGAGCUCCAAGGCCGAGCAGCUGAAACUCUGUCUCCACCUGCUCCCAGCCACAAACUACAGCAUCUCCAUUACUGCACUGUCUGCCAGAUUCACAGCCUCCAUCACCACUAACACCAGUUUACCAGAGCCUCCAGUGCCGGUUGUUUACUACAGAGAAUUUGACACUCCUGUACCAACUUUGAGGCUGAACAGAUCAGCCAACACACUGGACCCAAUAAGUUUGUACCAAGUGUUUGUUCUUCCUGAAGAGGGCAUAAUGGUGUUUGACUGCUCUUCUCCUGGAAGCGCUGACCCCUUAAGCAAAAACAACUUCUCUUCCGAGUACAUUACUGCCCAGAUCCUCAUCGGACAGGUCGGGACACAGAUGGACUUUACUGUUGGGGAUGGACUCUACUAUGGAGGCUUCUACAAUGCACCCCUGAAGAAGGGCAGGACCUAUUACAUCAUCUUACGAGCCGUCAGUCAGUGGAAAACAACUUUAAAAAGUUCCUGUGUCCUGUGGGCUAAAGUGACAGGUACAUCUUAUGUCCUGAUGGUUUCUUCACUCUCUGCAGCUGCUGCAGUAGGACUGGUUGCUUUCGUCAUUUUGGGUGGAUAUAGUUGCAUCUGGCUGUUCAAGAAGAAAUGACACCCCUCACUGCUGAUGUUUUGCGAAAUACAAGGCUUGAUUUCCUGCCUUCUUUUUCUGUCAUUUUUUAAAUUUUAUAAAAGAUAAAUAAACUUUG